CGCGCCUCCCAGCCAAUCCAACGCAGCAGAAUAACACGGAAGACAGUUCCGGGUUUAGUGUAAAACUACAGUCUGCCACCGUGAAAGCCGUUGGUUAAUGUCAUUAUUUGACAAAUGGCGUUUUUACUGGAUAAUCAAUUCUCAGAGCUCCCAGCUGACAAUGCCGUGGACACAAAGUUGUUUCUGGAAUCCGUGUCUCAUCUUCCGCCGUUCUUUGACUGCCUGGGGUCUAAAGUGUUUUCCCCAAUCAAAUCAGACAUCUCUGGAAAUAUAACAAAAAUCAGGGGUGUUUACGAGAAAGAUCCGGCCAAGUAUGCUACCCUCCAGGACAUAGUGGAGGCAGAGAAGGACGCACAUGGAGCAGAGUGGCCCAAGGUAGGUGCCACUCUGGCCCUCAUGUGGCUGAAGAGGGGGCUGCGUUUCAUCCAGAUCCUGCUGCAGAGUUUGGCCGACGGAGACAUAGACGAAAACAACCCCAACCUGAUCAGGGUGAACAUCACCAAGGCCUACGAGCAGGCCCUCAAGAGGUACCACGGCUGGAUCGUGCAGAAGGUCUUCCAGGCCGCGCUGCUCGCCGCACCCUACAAGUCGGACUUCCUCAAGUCUCUGUCGAAAGGUCAGGAGGUCACGGAGGAGGAGUGUUUGGCCUGCCUGCGCCAGUUCCUGGUCAACUACACGGCCACGGUGGACGCCAUCUACGACAUGUACACGAGGCUGAACGCAGAGCUGGACUACACCGUGUGAUGGCGAGGUGGUACCCUCCUGGUGGUACCCUCCUGGUGGUACCCUCCUGGUGGUACCCUCCUGGUGGUACCCUCCUGGUGGUACCCUCCUGGUGGUACCCUCCUCUGGAACAGACCGGACUGGGAGGAACCCUUCUGCGGUUCCUGUUGUCUUUUCAGGUUCUCUGACUUUUCUCAGGUGAUGGAACGUUCCAACUUUAGAAACAGCCUUUUUUUGUCGUAAACGUUUAGCUUAAUCUUUUGGUUGUUAUUUCCCCAGACAUGGUUUAAGCCUAGUCCUAAAAGUAAGAGAAAGAUUCGAUGAAGAUCUCCAUUGAUAACAUAAGGCUAAGAGGCUAAACUAGGACUAGAAUUAAUAAAUGUCUGUGUAACUGGGCCUUACUUACCUAGGUAUAAUGAUGUUAUUUCUUACAAAAUAUUGUCAGUUUGGGCCCUGUCGAGGGGACGUGGUGAAUAUAUUGUUGUUCCAUGUCAGGAUGUAGUCCUUGCUCAGUGUACAGUCUAUGACUUCUUAUUAUACGUUGAUCCGUAUUAUGUCGAGAAGUUCCGUAAACAUGGUUACCUUUUACCGUUUGUAUCUGGUCAAAAUCAAAUUAAUUGGCUGUUGAACUGAUGUAUUGAUGUGUGUGUCAAGCUGUGACACCAUCAUUGUUUCAGAGUGUGACAUUCCAGAGUAGACAGGGAUCUUCUGAGUGUUAUUUUAGACUCUCUCUGUGGGAGGUGAGAGUGUUCCUCAUAUUGAUUCCUUCCCAUCACCGAAGAUACACCCUCUGUAACUCUGCCCGGUUAUAUGAGCUACUGUUCUGGUGGCUGGUUACUGGAACUAUCGCACUACCCCCCCCCCCCCCCCCCAUCACACCUCUUCCUGUCUUAACAGUCGACAACCUUUCUGGAGUGCCUUGUGUGAAAAUGCCUGUGUUGUUUCUGUGUGAGUUAGGGUUAGGGUUAGAAUACAAACAAUGUCAUGUGACUGGGGGCAGAGGGCAACACUGACGUUAUGGUGGCAAAAUAAAUGAACACAGAACUGGAUAAUAUCGCAAUUUUAUUUCAUUUAAGUUUGCUAAGGAUGGGCUUAUCGUACUGACGCAGCCACCAUUUAUUUUAUUCAUUUUGUGAGGGCAAAUGGGCUGUUGACCGGGCAACAAUAGCUCGUACCUGUGCACGUCCCUGAGUUAUAGCCAUAACCCUAUCUCUGAAUCUAACCCUAAAUUCAAUUAGGGUUAGGGUUAGGAAAACGGCUGACCUUAAGGCUAAACCAACAACAGGGUUAGGGUCAUGUGCGGUAGCAGAGUCAGGAUCAGGAUAAGUUAUAGCCAUAACCCAAUCCCUAAGUCUAACCCUAACCCUAAAUUCGAAAAUUAGGGUUAGGGUUAGGAAAACGGCUGACCUUAAGGCUAAACCAACAACAGGGUUAGGGUCAGGUGCGGUAGCAGAGUCAGGAUCAGGAUAAAUCAUAACCAUAACCCAAUCCCUAAGUCUAACCCUAACCCUAAAUUCGAAAAUUAGGGUUAGGGUUAUGGAAACGGCUGACCUUAAGCCUAAACCAACAACAGGGUUAGGGUCAGGUGCGGUAGCAGAGUCAGGAUCAGGAUAAAUUAUAGCCAUAACCCAAUCCCUAAGUCUAACCCUAACCCUAAAUUCGAAGGUUAGGGUUAGGAAAACGGCUGACAUUAAGCCUAAACCAACAACAGGGUUAGGGUCAGGUGCGGUAGCAGAGUCAGGAUCAAGAUAAGUUAUAGCCAUAACCCAAUCCCUACGUCUAACCCUAAAUUUGAAAAUUAGGGUUAAGGUCAUGGAAACGGCUCACCUCAACCCUACAACAACAACAUGGUUAUGUUGAGGGGAGGUAGCAGAACCAAGAUCAGGAUUGGUCAUAGCAGGGACGUGCACAGACGUUUGGAGGGGCUAUUGCUCUAACACUAGAAAAGAGAUCAACAUUAUCUCCAUUCUUCACUCAGUGCACCGGCGUGAGAAUACAAACAAUGUCAUGUGACUGGGGGCAGAGGGCAACACUGACGUUAUGGUGGCAAAAUAAAUGAACACAGAACUGGAUAAUAUCGCAAUUUUAUUUCAUUUAAGUUUGCUAAGGAUGGGCUUAUCGUAUUGACGCAGCCACCAUUUAUUUUAUUCAUUUUGUGAGGGCAAAUGGGCUGUUGACCGGGCAACAAUAGCUCGUAUCUGUGCACGUCCCUGAGUUAUAGCCAUAACCCUAUCUCUGAAUCUAACCCUAAAUUCAAAAAUUAGGGUUAGGGUUAUGGAAACGGCUGACCUUAAGCCUAAACCAACAACAGGGUUAGGGUCAGGUGCGGUAGCAGAGUCAGGAUCAGGAUAAGUUAUAGCCAUAACCCAAUCCCUAAGUCUAACCCUAACCCUAAAUUCAAAAAAUAGGGUUAGGGUUAUGGAAACGUCUGACCUUAAGGCUAAACCAACAACAGGGUUAGGGUCAGGUGCGGUAGCAGAGUCAGGAUCAGGAUAAGUUCUAACCAUAACCCAAUCCCUAACCCUAACCCUAAAUUCAGGGUUAGGGUUAGGAAAACGGCUGACAUUAAUGUUUGUGUCACCUUGUUUGUUAAAGGAAUGGCAUUUAUCUGAUAGUGUUUCCGUGUGCCUUGCGUUUUCCUAAUAAUAACAACCACUAAAGCUGGAGAUAUGGACGUAGGAUAAGCAGAGUCCAUAUAUUUAGUUUCCUCUGAUUUACUUUUAGUUUAGAUUUUAAGUUUUCGAGCUGAAUAGAAACUCUUUAUCCAGGAUAGGUGGUUCUUAAUGAGGCAUGGUAGACCUAAAAACAAAGUUUGUUGAUUCCAUUUUUAGAUUUAGUACUUUGGUUUAUUUGUAAACCCAGCAUGUUGUGAUGAGCAAACACUGAACAAAAUGAAUGUGAACAAUUUGUAACGAUGCGUGUAUGAGUAAUUUAUUAUAUUUUUACGAAUAAAAGAUGAUUCG